UGUUUAAACCUAAAAAGUUUCUAUUUUCUUGGGACUGAGUGGGAGUCGAAAAUAUAAAAUUUAUUAUUAUCUUUUCUUUUUAUGUAAAAGAAGUUCAAAAUCAUUUGCUGCGACAUUCUCGCGGCAACUCGUUUGAGCUCGAAAAUCUUACAGGAAAGAUCUUUGUUGCUCAUAUAGGACCAUAAAAAAAAAACACAAUAUUCGUAAAAUGUCAAUCUUGAGAUCAUCUAAAAAUCUCAUCUUUCUCAAAUCUUUAAACCUAAAAAUUCAAUCUUUGUUACUUGAAUCAUUGCCUCAUAAUCAUACACUCAAAUUCUCACAUACCCUUUUUUCCUCUUCUUCUUCUGAACCUAUAGACACAAACAACAAUGAAAUUGUAGACAAGCUCAUACAUGUAUUUACGAAGCAACCCCAUAUCACUGAAAAUCAAGAAUUGGUCAAUUUGGGUCAUUUUAUCACCCCCAAGAUCGUUGAGUCUGUGCUAAUAAGUUUCAAGAAUUGGAAGAUAGCUCUUGAGUUUUUUAAUUGGGCUUCUAGUCAAAGUGGGUAUAGGCAUAAUGCUUAUACUUUUAAUGCCAUGGCUUCUAUCCUAUCAGGUGUUCGACAAAAUGCCCAGCUGAAAGCUCUCGCCGCGGAGUUGGGGAGGUCUGGUUGUUUUAUGAGUCCUGGGGCAAUGGGGUUCUUUAUUAGGUGUUUAGGGAAGGUGGGGUUGGUUGAAGAUGCUGUUUUGUUGUUUGAUAGGUUUAAGGUGUCGGGUUUUUGUGUUCCUAAUGGUUAUACGUAUAAUUGUUUGAUAGAGGUUAUGGCGAAGUCGUGUGAGGUUGAGGUGAUGGAAAUGAGGUUGAAAGAGAUGACGGAUACGGGUUGGCAGCCGGAUAAGUUUACUUUGACUGCGGUGUUGCAGUGUUAUUGCAAUGCCAAGAAGUUUGAUAAAGCUUUAGAUGUUUAUAAUGUGAUUGGUCAAUCGGGUUGGCUUGAUACGCGUGUGCUUUCGAUUUUGGUGCUCUCGUUUAGCAAAUGGGGGAAAGUUGAUGAGGCGGUUGAAAUGAUUGAAAGGAUGGAACAGCUUGAUAUAAGAUUGAAUGAGAAGACGUUUUAUGUUUUAAUCCAUGGGUUUGUAAAGGAGGGUAAAAUAGAUAAAGCUCUUCAGCUGUUAAAUAAAAUGCUGAAUUUAGGAAUUUUGCCAGAGUUUUCAUUAUAUGAUGUUUUAGUUGGAGCUCUUCUUAGGAAUAAAGAGUUUGAGAUAGUGUUGCAUCUGUGCAGACAGAUGAAUGAAUUAGGUAUUAGCCCUGAUGUUCAGUUACUCACAAAACUUCUAUCUUCUUUUCCCGAAGAAAAGGAUGUAAUAAUAUUGUUCAAGCAAGCAAAAAAGACUUUUGAUGAUAAUGCUAUAGUUUUGCUAUACAAUUCUCUAUUGAAAGGCCUAGUUGAUAAUAGAGCAGUUGAAAAAGCGUACCAUUUGUUGAGGACAAUGAUUGGAGAAAAUAGCACUGGUUACCCUGAGGUAGAAGAAUUUGUUCCAAAUAUGAGUCAGGUCCAUCCAGAUACAAAUUCUUAUAGUAUAGUUAUCAAUGGUCUGUGCCAAACUGCUAAUAUAGAUAUGGCUCUCAAGCUAUUUCAUGAUAUGCAGCUAGCUGGGUGUAAAAGUGAUCAACUUCUUUACAAUAAUCUGAUUGACAGUUUAAGCAAGUCUGAUAGAUUGGAGGAAUGCUAUAGGCUUUUGAAAGAUAUGAAGGAGUCGGGACUUAAACCAACACACUUUACUCACAACUCCAUUUUUGGGUGUUUAUGUAGAAGAGAGGAUGUCGGAAAAGCCCAUAAAUUGCUGCAAGAGAUGCGUAUUAGUGGGCACGAACCCUGGAUCAAACAUUCGACCUUACUAGUGAAAAAGUUGUGCAGUAAUGGAAAGGCAAUAGACGCAUGUGAUUUUCUUAAUAAGAUGGUUCUAGAAGGUUUUGUCCCUAAUAUAAUAGCCUAUUCUGCUGCUAUAGAUGGCCUUUUUAAGAUCCAAGAAGUUGAUAGAGCUUUGGAGCUAUUCAAGGGUAUUUGUGCUCGUGGAUAUUGCCCUGAUGUAAUUGCCUACAACAUUGUUCUAAAAGGCUUAUUAAAGGCCGAAAGGGUGUUGGAAGCUGAAGAUCUUCUCAGGGAGAUGCUAAAGAAGGAUCUUGUUCCCUCAGUUGUCACCUAUAACUUGCUAAUUGAUUCUUGGUGCAAAAAUGGUGAGAUAGAUCGAGCCAUGGAAUGUCAUUCAAGAAUGGAUGGGGAAAGAAGGGAACCUAAUAUUAUCACUUACACAACUUUAAUAGAUGGAUUAUGCAAUGCAGGAAGAUCAGAAGAUGCUAUGUUGCUUUGGAAUGAAAUGGUAAGGAAAGGCUGCCACCCAAACAAUAUUGCUUAUAUGGCUUUCAUCCAUGGAAUUUGCAAGUGUGGUAGGCCAGAUGAAGCUUUUAUAUAUUUUCAAGAGAUGCAAGAUAAACAGAUGACACCUGAUGCAUUUAUUUAUGUUGCAUUGGUAGAAGCUUUCCUUUCUAAUUCAGAUGCACCAUCGGCUAUUAGGAUCCUAGUAAAGAUGGCUCAGGACAAUAAGUUUCCAGACCCACUUGACAAGAACUGUGUUAGAUUACGAGAUGCAGUUUUUAAGUUGUCUGCAGAUGCAAGAACCUCUUCUACUAUUGAGACUCUUCUUAAAGAAGGCAGUAUUCCUGAAUUUCUGAAUAAUUCUGGAAAUGGUAAUUAGAGGUAGAAGGCAAAUAACCAACCUCCCAAUCAAAAAAGAUGUUUCUACAAACCAGUUGUGAUGAUGAUGCAUAAGUCUUCGCUUAACGGUUUCCAUGCUUAUUUUGGGGGAGCUCAAAUCAAAGAAUUACAUCUAUUUUAUUGGCUGUGAUAUUCUUUCAUUCAUCGCAACUCUGGAAACCCUAGAUAAGUCAAAUCAACUGCAAAUAGAGUAUAAUGAUGAAAGAUAAAAAAUAUAGAGAUGUAGAGCUUUAAUAGACCCAGCUGUGAUUUCCUUCAAGGUGGGAGAAGGAAGCUUCACAGUGGACAUUCUCUUAGCAGCAUUGAAGCUAGAAGUUUGCUCUCAGAUCCCAAGCUAUCAUGCAAUGCAUAAACCUGAAUAUUGGUCUGUCCAUAUUAUUAACUGCAUCCAAUGGACUGUUGACUAAUCUUGCAUGUUUCUUGGUGGAUCUCGAUUCUCACCUAGUACAGGUUGAAAACUGUUCAUAGUUCCCUUUUUUCAGUAGAUUGAAUUGUAAGUGUAUGUGUUUGUUUUUACAAUUUUUGGGUAAGUUUGUGAUUUAAGUUGACCUGAUUUUUUGAGUACGUAGUGGUUGUUAUUUAUGGUUUGUUGACGAAGUUGGGAAUGAUAUUUGUUUGAAUAGGAAAGGGCAUAUAUGAUGAUUAGAAUGAAUGGGGAUGUGACUGAUUCUAGACGUGUCUGAUGAUGAUGAUCCCAAUGAAGAUGAGUUGGACGGUUCUGAUACAAGUGAUGAUCAUGAGUCUGAUAACUCUGACCAUGAAGAAGAUGAGUUGAAUGUUCAUACUCACGAUGCUAAAGAUGAUAAUCACUUGCAUGAUGGUGACUCUGAUAUAGAAUUAAACCCUGCUGUUUUUCCAAAUGACGAGGCUUAUGCAUGAGCCUACAAGAAACAGAAAAUCGGGAACUUGCUGCUAGAUUUUUUGAUUUUUCUUGGAUAAAUGAGAGUUUGUGCUGUACUAUGAUUGCUUUGUUUCAUCUCAGUGCAAUCCUCAGAUUUGGUGACUGAUGAAACUCACACUUAUAGUGGUGGCAGGUGAGGCUGAGGUGCUAGAGGAUUAGUAGUUUGUUGAUCCCUAACUUUAGCUCUAUCAAAUGUAUUCUGGCCUAUUGUUUCAUGUCUCUUAUAUAGUGUACAAUCUUGGUGAUGCCAUCAUUUUACCGUCAUAUUGAAAAAAAAUCGUCUGGAUUUUGGCAUCUAUUUUCAUCCAGGUAACAGGCUGUGAUGGGAUAUUUAUUCCACUUUAAUAGCUGAAGCUUUUAUGUUUUAUCAAGUAGUAAGAACCCUAUGAAACUGCUCCCAGAUUCCUCGAGAAGCGUCUGUAGUCUAUUCAGGAUCAGGUCUUGGGGAAGAAAUUAUAACCUUAAUACGCAGAACCUAAUUUUGUAUGAUCAUGAUUUUCAUAUGCUCUUGCUAGCCCACUCUGAAGUCAGCAAGCUUAAAUUGCUCAUAAUCCCCAACUUUAUUUCCUUCCUUAUCUGAAUGCAUCUAGAGACCGUGUGACAAGGUUUACCGGCCAUUUUUUAGAGCCUUUAAUCAGUAUUUGAUUCCUUUUUAUUCCUUUUAAUAUAUUUGCCUGACGAUUAUCAUACAUUUUUGUCCUACUGAAGUCCAUUUCUAAGUAUUGUUUAUUAAUCGAAUUAUUCACACUUUAUUGGGUCUUUUAGGAUGCUUGGGAGGAGGUCGAUCCAGAUGGAAUUACCAUAUGAGGGAUUUACUGCACUGGAUAACCUAGCCGGAACUGAGAGUAGAGGGUUGUCUGUUUUUACAGUAUCAUCUUCGCCUUCAAUGAGUUACAAGAUCAAGCUGCAAAGCGGUCAAGAUGGAAUCAUUGAAUUUACAUUUUUUUGUACACGAGUACAUGACUAAGGCGAAAGCAGCUAAAUGGAGGAUAGAGUGGUUAUGGAGACUGUACUAUGAUUUUAGGUUUCCCCGGUUUGUAGUGCUGACUACUGAGGUCUCCACAUCAGGAAACAGUUAAAAGAAAUAUCUGCCAACAGCUAGCAGAGAUAUCGAUGAUGAUCUUCACCUUCAAGUUUCGGAAUCCUGAAAUAUGUGGCAAAAGGUUUGCAGACAGCAGAAGUAGUUAACUUGGUCCUGUUCUAUAGUAUUGUACUUGGUGUGGGCAUAAAUUUCAGCACUUGCAGACUGUUGCUUUAUGCUGUGGUUUGUUGAAUUUAUAUUUCAUUCUUUUGUAUCUAUCAAAUUAUCAGAAUACUUCAUAAAGAAUAAACGAAGGGUGUUGAGGUGGCGCCUCUGCGCCAUUAUAUAUUUCUAA